AUGACAUCGAAGCUUUCUUCUAGAAACCCUAGGGAUUGUAAGCUUGCAAUUUGUGGCAGUGAUGAUAAAUUAACAGAGGAAACCACCGAGAUCCUCCUUUACAAGAUACAAGCUACCACCAGAUGCAAAGAAAAUGACGAGGAGAUGGAUGAUUCUAAGGAUUCUGAAGCUUACCAGUCAGAGCAUAAACUUAGGAAGGUUGAAAAAGGUUACAAACACAUGAAGGUUGAUGCAAAGAUAUUCAGGGAGCUUCAGAGAUUUCAGAGAGAGAUGUUUCUGUGUUAUUUUUCUGGUAAUUCUUCUCAGACUUUUGAGAGUGAAUGUGAUGGAGAUAAAGGAUGCGAUUUGGUUGAAGAGAGAAAGACUCAAGUGAAGAAGGUGCUGCAGAGGGAACUUGAGGAUGAAGAUUUUUCGAUGGAGAAUUUUAUGAAUAAUGAUCAUGAACUCAAAAAGAAAGGUGAAGAUGGAGGUUAUGGUGUGGGAGAGAAAUCGAGAAUGAGAGUGAAGAGCUAUCAGUUAGUACAAGGAUUGAUUUAUGGAUAUAGUGCUGAUUUAUGUGAAUGCAGGGCUGACUGUAGCAAGUGGCAGCAUGGAGGUGAUUCUGAUUGUUAUGCUUCUACGGGUCUGAACUGA